CCGGACCCUGCGGGGAAGGAGCCGGCCUGCCAAGCCGCUAUGGAAGUCGCGGGUCCUCGAGGCCUGGAAGCUGUGGCUUCGGUGUCGCGCGGCGGCCGCGGCCUCGCUUGGGAGGAAGAGAGCCAAGUGGCGGUGUGGUGAGGGAGGCGCCGCCCUCGGGAGGAACGCCCCGGAACGGUCGCGGGCCCGGGGCGGGGCCCGGCGGCGGCCGUAGAAUUACCGGUCCAGCCUCGGGGCUGUUAGCUGCGGGGUCCCCGGCUAGCGCGUGGUUACGGCUUGGUGCUUCUGGUCUGCGGAGCCUCAGGCGGGCCCUUUCUUCCGCCUGUUUUCCUGCUUUUGCGGGAACCUGAUCCAGUUCUAAGGCAUCGCUCGAGAAGGAGGCCUUCUUGUGCCUAGCACGUAGCCCCGUUUUAGACCUGGCCAGACACGGGUUUGCUUGUGAAGGUCACAGUUGCUGGAUCUAAGUGAAGGAGUUCAGUAGACUCUGAUGUGCCUGGUCACCUGGCUCAUUUUCUGAACUCUGGAUUGUGCCCUAGGAGAAAAUUAAAUUUAGUGUCAUACAUAUGAGGAAUCCAUACAGACAUGAAAUUCUCAAAGCAGUAUGGCAACAAGAGGUACUACUAUAACCACACAGUUUGGUAGCAAAAGGAUCUAUUUACUGGGCCCUCUUGACAUAGAGAUGUGGGGGGAUUCUCGAUCUGCUAACAGAACAGGACCUUUUCGUGGGAGCCAAGAAGAAAGGUUUGCUCCCGGGUGGAACAGGGAUUAUCCUCCUCCUCCCCUUAAGAGUCAUGCUCAAGAGAGACACUCUGGCAACUUUCCUGGCAGAGAUUCACUUCCCUUUGAUUUCCAGGGGCAUUCGGGGCCUCCCUUUGCAAAUGUAGAGGAGCAUUCUUUCAGCUAUGGCGCUAGAGAUGGACCGCAUGGUGACUAUCGAGGAGGGGAGGGACCUGGACAUGAUUUCAGGGGGGGAGAUUUUUCAUCUUCUGAUUUCCAGAACAGAGAUUCAUCACAGUUGGACUUCAGGGGUAGGGACAUACAUUCUGGGGAUUUUCGGGAUAGAGAAGGACCACCUAUGGACUAUAGGGGUGGAGAUGGUACUUCUAUGGAUUAUAGAGGUAGGGAGACAUCUCACAUGAACUACAGAGACAGGGAUGCUCACACUGUUGACUUCAGAGGUAGGGAUGCUCCUUCAUCUGACUUCAGGGGCCGGGGCACUUAUGAUUUAGAUUUUAGAGGCCGGGAUGGAUCCCAUGCAGAUUUUAGGGGAAGAGAUUUGUCGGAUUUGGAUUUCAGGGCCAGAGAUCAGUCCCGUUCUGAUUUUAGGAAUAGAGAUGUAUCUGAUUUGGACUUCAGGGACAAAGACGGAACACAGGUGGACUUUAGAGGCCGAGGUUCAGGUACUAGUGAUCUAGACUUUAGGGACAGGGAUACGCCACAUUCAGAUUUCAGAGGUAGACACCGGUCCAGGACUGAUCAGGAUUUUAGGAGCAGAGAGGUGGGACCUUGUAUGGAGUUUAAAGAUAGGGAGAUGCCCUCUGUGGAUCCAAAUAUUUUGGAUUACAUACAACCCUCUACACAAGAUAGAGAACAUUCUGGUAUGAACGUGAACAAGAGAGAAGAAUCCACACAUGACCAUACAACAGAAAGGCCUGCUUUUGGCAUUCAGAAAGGAGAAUUUGAACAUUCAGAAACAAGAGAAGGAGAAAAACAAGAUGUAGCCUUUGAACAUGAGUCUUCAUCGGACUUUCAGAACAGCGGAAGUCCACUUCAAGACCAAGACAAGUCACAGCUUUCUGGAGGUGAGCAACAGAGUUCAGAUGCUGGUGUGUUUAAAGAAGAAGGUGGUCUGGACUUUCUUGGCCGGGAAGACACUGAUUACAGAAGCAUGGAGUACCGUGAUGUGGAUCACAGGCUGCCAGGAAGCCAAAUAUUUGGCUAUGGCCAGAGCAAGUCUUUUCCAGAGGGCAAAACUUCCCGAGAUGCCCAACGGGACCUUCAGGAUCAAGAUUAUAGGACUGGCCCAAGUGAGGAGAAACCAAGCAAGCUUAUUCGAUUAAGCGGGGUGCCUGAAAAUGCCACAAAAGAAGAGAUUCUUAAUGCCUUUCGGACUCCUGAUGGCACGCCUGUAAAGGACUUGCAGUUGAAGGAGUAUAACACAGGUUACGACUAUGGCUAUGUCUGCGUGGAGUUUUCACUCUUGGAAGAUGCCAUCGGAUGCAUGGAGGCCAACCAGGGAACUCUAAUGAUCCAUGACAAAGAGGUCAUCCUUGAGUAUAUAUCAGGCCCGGACUUUUGGUACUGCAAACGGUGUAAGGCCAGCGUAGCUGGGUACCGAUCUUCAUGUUCACUCUGCAAGUGCCCAAGGGAAGUGACAGAGGCCAAGCAAGAAUUAGUAACCUAUCCUCAGCCUCAGAAAACAUCCAUACCAGCAGCAUCAGAAAAACAACCCAACCAGUCUCCAAGGUCAGGUGAUAAAGAAUCUGAACCUAAAAAGCGGGAAGAAGGACAAGAACCACGCUUGGGACAUCAAAAGAGAGAAGCAGAAAGAUACCUGCCUCCUUCUCGAAGGGAAGGGCUUACCUUCCGAAGAGACCGAGAGAAGGAGCCAUGGUCUGGGGAGACACGCCAGGAUGGGGAGAGCAAAACAAUCAUGCUAAAACGCAUCUAUCGGUCUACUCCACCUGAGGUCAUAGUGGAAGUGCUAGAGCCCUACGUCCGCCUUACUACUGCCAAUGUCCGUAUCAUCAAGAACAGAACCGGCCCCAUGGGCCACACUUACGGCUUUAUUGACCUUGACUCCCAUGCGGAAGCUCUUCGUGUAGUGAAGAUCUUACAGAACCUUGAUCCGCCAUUUAGUAUCGAUGGGAAGAUGGUAGCUGUAAACUUGGCCACUGGAAAACGAAGAAAUGAUUCUGGGGACCAUUCUGACCACAUGCACUACUAUCAGGGUAAAAAGUAUUUCCGAGAUAGGAGAGGAGGAGGCAGAAAUUCAGACUGGUCUUCAGAUACAAAUCGACAAGGACAACAGUCAUCAUCUGACUGCUACAUAUAUGAUUCUGCUACUGGCUACUAUUAUGACCCUUUGGCAGGCACUUAUUAUGACCCCAACACUCAGCAAGAAGUCUAUGUGCCCCAGGACCCUGGGUCACCUGAAGAAGAGGAGAUCAAGGAAAAGAAAUCCACCAUUCAAGGAAAGUCAAGUAGCAAGAAGGAGGCAUCUAAAAGAGAUGGCAAGGAGAAAAAAGACCGAGGAGUGACAAGGUUUCAGGAAAAUGCCAGUGAGGGGACAGCCCCCCCAGAGGACGUCUUUAAGAAGCCCCUGCCUCCCACUGUGAAGAAAGAAGAGAGUCCUCCACCACCUAAGGUGAUAAACCCACUCAUUGGCCUCCUGGGUGAAUAUGGAGGAGACAGUGACUACGAGGAGGAAGAAGAGGAGGAACAGACCCCUCCUCCACAGCCCCGCACAGCACAGCCCCCACAAAGGGAGGAACUGACCAAGAAGGAGAACGAAGAAGACAAACUCACUGACUGGAAUAAACUGGCUUGUCUGCUCUGCAGAAGGCAGUUUCCCAACAAAGAAGUUCUGAUCAAACACCAGCAGCUCUCAGACCUGCACAAGCAAAACCUGGAAAUCCAUCGGAAGAUAAAACAGUCUGAGCAGGAACUAGCCUAUCUAGAAAGGAGGGAACAGGAGGGAAGGUUUAAAGAAAGAGGAAAUGAUCGCAGGGAAAAGCUCCAAUCUUUUGACUCUCCAGAAAGGAAGCGAAUUAAAUACUCCAGGGAAACUGACAGUGAUCGUAAACCUGUUGGUAAAGAAGGUAUUGACAGUAGCAACAAAGGAGGCUGUGUCCAACAGACCACUGGCUGGAGGAAGGGGGCAGGCCUUGGAUAUGGCCAUCCUGGAUUGGCUUCAGCAGAGGAGACUGAAGGCCGGAUGAGGGGGCCCAGUGUAGGGGCUCCAGGAAGAACCAGCAAGAGACAGUCCAACGAGACUUACCGAGACGCUGUGCGAAGAGUCAUGUUUGCUCGGUAUAAAGAACUAGAUUAAAGAAUGGAGGAGAGGCAAGUCCCAUAGGACACAACCUCCUUCUUGUUUUGUUUGUCCGUCUCCUUUUGUUUUGUUACUGUUCUUGCUGCUAGAACUUUUUUAAAUAAACUUUUUUUCAAUGUGA